AUGUCUAACAAUGGUGAAGAAUUCUACAAUACAUUCUACAAUGCAUUCACUUCUGAAUCGUCAGAUAGAAGAGCUGAGUUGAAAGAAUAUUCAAAAGAGAUUUCGGAUAAUCUGAAGUUCGAAAACAUGUACGGAAGUCAACAAAAGCCACCAAAAUUGAUGAAAGUUGAAGAUUAUAAUUGGUGGAAAAACAGUGAGCGUAUUUUCAACACAAAAAGACUUUCUGAUAAAAGCUAUCUGCCAGAUUUGAUGAACAAGCUGAAAGAGGUCUUUGAAGCAAGUUUACCGAAGGUAGUAGAGAUGAGAAAGAGAAAAGAAGAAGAAUUGAAGAAGUUGAUUGAAGAAGUGAAGGCUGAUGCAAAGAUUGCUGCUGAAAAGGAACAGAAAUCUGAAGAGAAAGGAAAGGAUGUAAAGAAAGAAGAAAAAGAGAAGAAGGCAGUGGUAGAUCAGAAAGCUAAGAAAGAAGUUCGGUGCUGA